AUGGCUAUUCACUCCAGGGAUGAUGCUUUGAUGUGCAAGAUUUUUCCAUUGAGUUUGGGUCCAACGGCGAUGAGGUGGUUCAAUGGCUUAAGGGCCAAUUCUGUUGGAUCUUUCAAAACACUAACUCGGGCUUUUGGUGCUCGCUUUAUUACAUGCAGCCGGACUCCUCGGCCUUUGGAAUCCUUGUUGACUUUGUCUAUGCGAGAGGGCGAGACUCUCAAAAGUUACUCGGAUAGGUACUGGGAAAUGUUUAACGAAAUAGAGGGAAAGAAUGAUCCCGUGGCUAUAACCACUUUCAAAGCUGGUCUCCCAACUGAUCACUAUUUGAGGAAAUCCUUGACCGGUAAACCUGUCACUAGUGUGCGCCAGCUGAUGGACAGAAUAGAUAAGUACAGAAGGGUAGAGGAAGAUCAACUUCAGGGGAAAGGAAAGGCCAAGGUGAUCCCUUAG